AGAUUCGUUGAGUGGGUGGAAGAAUUUUUCAUUGACGCACAGAGCGUGUUUAUCCCAGUGAUUUUCCCUGCACAGUGGCGAAGAAAAUACGUAAAAUCAUGAACGUAAUAGCGGCGAUAAAGCUGUACAUCAAUAAGAUGGCCAAUGAGUCUGGGCCGGGGAUGAAAAUCCUGCUGAUGGACAAGGAAACGACCAGCAUCGUGUCAAUGGCCUUUAGUCAGUCCGAUAUGCUGCAGAAGGAUGUCUUCCUGUUCGAGAGGAUCGACUGCCCGCGCUCCAAUGAGCGCAUGAAGCAUCUCAAGUGCAUUGUCUUCCUCAGGCCGAACAAGAACAACAUUUCUCUGCUCUCGCAUGAGUUGCGGAGCCCCAAAUACGGCUCCUACUACGUCUAUUUCAGCAACAUCAUUCCGCGCACGGACAUCAAACUCCUGGCCGAGAGCGACGAGAGCGAAUCUGUGCGGGAAGUGAAGGAGAUUUACGCUGAUUAUCUCUCCGUGAACGACAAUCUCUUCUCCCUCAGUCUGCCCACUUGCAUGCACGCGCUGAACUGGACGCCGGAAGCGCUGGCGCGCAGCGUCGAGGGCGUCACGGCGGUGCUGCUGUCGCUCAAGAUGAAGCCCGUGAUUCGCUUCCGCGCCGGCAGCAAUGUGGCUCAGGCGCUGGCGAAGCAGGUGAACGAGAAGAUCUCCAAGGAAUCCGCGCUGUUUGAGUUCCGCGUGCAGGAAUCCGGCGCGCCGCCGCCACUGCUGCUGAUCCUGGACCGUCGGGACGAUCCGGUGACGCCGCUGCUGAACCAGUGGACUUACCAGGCGAUGGUGCACGAGUUGCUGGGCAUCAACAACAACCGCGUGGAUCUCUCGGGCAUCAGCGGAGCGCCCAAGGACAUGAAGGAGGUCGUGAUGUCCGUGGAUCAGGAUGAAUUCUACGCGAAUAACAUGUACGCGAACUUCGGCGAGAUCGGCACGACCAUCAAGGGCCUCAUGGAUGAGUUCCAGAAGAAGGCGAAGGACCAGAAGAAGGUGGAGAGCAUUGCCGACAUGAAGAACUUCGUGGAGACUUAUCCGCAGUUCCGGAAGAUGUGCGGAACCGUGACGAAGCACGUCGUGGUGAUCGGCGAGCUGUCGAAUCAGGUGGCGAAGAAUCUGCUGCUGGAAGUGUCAGAGCUUGAGCAGGAGAUCGCCUGUCGCGCUGAUCACUCAGCGCAGCUGCAGCGGGUGAAGCGACUGAUUGGCGACGGGAAGGCGAGUCUGAAGGACGCGCUGCGGCUGAUCCUGCUGUACGCGCUGCGCUACGAGCGCCACGCCAACUGCGACAUCACUGGAUUGCUGCAGACGCUGAAGAGUCGCGGCGGCGCGGCGCACAUCGUGCCCAGGAUGCUGGAGUACGCCGGCCAGCACGCGCGCCAGGGCGAUCUGUUCAGCACGGUGAAGAUCACGGACGCCGUGAAGCUGACCAGGAGUCUGAUCAAGGGCCUGAAGGGCGUGGAGAAUGUCUUCACGCAGCACUCGUGCCUGCUCAAGGAGACGCUCGAGGAUGUGAUCCGCGGACGGCCGCUGGACCCUCUCUAUCCCUCCAUCGGCUCCGAGCUGCCCUUCCGCCGGCCGCCGCAGCACGUCGUGGUGUUCAUCGUGGGCGGCGCCACGUACGAGGAGGCGCAGGCCGUGUUCCAGCUCAACGCCGCCGGCCAGAGGAUCAUCCUCGGCGGCACAACCAUUCACAACUCCGACUCCUUCUGCCGCGAAGUCGCCGCCGCCACGGCCGGCGUCCCUUUCAAGCACACGCGCUCGCUUCAGCAGUUUCACGCCACGGACAACGCCUAAGAUCGCCGGGCGCCGGCGCAAUUCCACUUCAUCCACGCUGUUCAGCCUCAAUGUGAUAUGUGUUGUAGAGUAUCUUUUAUUAUUUAAUCCCUUCGAACAACAAAUACAAGAUUA